ACCUUGGGACUUUCAAGGCCAGCUUCCUAUUUCCGCGCAUCUAAUAAGGGACGCUUUUUGGGUCUUUCAUUUUAUCGCGGUGUUGGUGUAGAUUUAUACUGAUCAUUUGGUAGUCCUUAAUCAAAGCUUCCUACAUGGAUAAAAAACUGGCUGAAUCUAUUGAAGAAUGGAUGAAGCAUGACAAGAAUGAAAACACGCGCUCACAAAUCAAGUUACUUAAAGAUAAAGAAGCGUGGGAUGAGUUACGAAAGUUAUUGCUAGAAAGAAUGGCAUUUGGGACUGCUGGAUUACGAGCAAGAAUGGGACCAGGAUAUUCUCAGAUGAAUGACCUAACAAUUAUACAAACAACUCAGGGUUUACUUAAGUAUUCGCUAAAAACAUUCUCAGGUCUCAAGUCAGAUGGAAUUAUAGUUGGUUAUGAUGCUCGACAUAAUAGCAAAAAAUGGGCGCUUAUUGUCACUAAUAUAUUUAUUAAUGCUGGCUGUAAAGUGUACUUGUUCAAAGAUACAUCCCCAACUCCUAUGGUCGCAUUUGGUGUUAGGCUCUUCAAAACGGCCUUGGGUGUUAUGAUUACUGCAUCUCACAAUCCGAAAGAUGACAAUGGCUACAAAGUUUACUGGUCGAAUGGAUGUCAGAUAAUCAGUCCCCAUGACAGUGGUAUAUCAAGUUGCAUCCUUGAAAGCUUGGUACCUUUGGAAACUUCAUGGAACAUAGAUAAUAUUGAGGCGAAUCCUCUCUGCUUAGAUCCAAUGCCUAGGCUUUUGAAAACUUACUGUCGACUACAGAAGAGUAGACUUUGUUUUACAGAAUCUGAAAAUAUAAAUUGCAAAACCCCUUUUGUGUAUACACCUAUGCAUGGUGUAGGUUGGGAAGCAGUUAAAGCAUUAGUUUCGUGUUUUGGGUUUCCUCCACUUGAACCAGUUCCUGAACAGAUAAUGCCUGAUCCAGACUUUCCAACCGUUGACUAUCCAAAUCCAGAAGAAGGUCGUUCUGCACUCAAUUUAGGUAUUAAACAUGCGGAAUCUAUUAAAAGUACCAUCAUUUUUGCCAAUGAUCCAGACGCUGAUAGACUAGCAGUUGCUGAAAAACAAACAUCUGGUCAAUGGAAAAUUUUCAGUGGCAAUGAACUUGGAGCUUUAUUUGGUUGGUGGUUAUCUCUGCAGUGGAAAAUUCACAAUCCUCAAGUAAAACCUUCCAGUGUUGCUGUAUUAUCUAGUACUGUGUCUUCUAAAAUAUUAAAAACUAUUGCCGAGCAAGAAGGGUUUCGAUUUGAGGAAACUUUAACUGGUUUCAAAUGGUUGGGUAAUCGAUCCUGUGAGCUUGAAUCGCAAAAUAUUAAAACAAUUUUCGCUUUCGAAGAAGCUAUAGGUUUUAUGUGCGGUGAUGUUGUCUGGGAUAAAGACGGUGUUGGGGCUUUAGCAGUUAUGGCUGAACUCACUUCUUAUGUUUAUCGUAAAGGAAAACUAUUAUCUGAUCAAUUAAUAGAGAUUUAUAACAUUUAUGGUCAACAUAUUUCCAAUAAUGGUUAUUACUUUUGUCAUGAACCGGAGAAAAUUGUUAAAAUGUUCAAUCGCAUACGUAAUUGGCCUAAUGAACCUGGUCCUAAAGGCUAUCCUCAAAAACUUGGUCGAUUUCAAAUAACUGGUAUACGGGAUUUAACAGUUGGUUAUGAUGAUCAUUAUCCAGACUUAAAACCGGUAAUAUUAAUUCAAUUCCACACUGAUGUGAACCAUUUCCUGUUAUUGUUUUGAAUUAAAGUUAGAUUAGGACUAACGCUAGGAUCCGGGAUUUAUAUUUCGUUUGCUGAGUGUAUUUAAAUCUCAUUGUUAUUGUUUGUGUUAAAACGUGAACUGAGUACCUUUUGACUUCAAAUUCCAACACGUCAUCCACUAUGUUUUUGAGUCCAAAUAGGCACUAUCUUAUGCAAUCAACAUGAAUUUUGUUUAUAAGAGUAUGGACUUUCCCUUUGUUAAUAUCUUUCUUGGUAUAUAUGCAUUCUAAGCAAAUUACCCUGAUGCUAAGAUUUAAUCAUAAGUUUUUAUUAAAGUUAAAUGAUGAUUGACAAUAAAAUCCAAAAUACAUGUUAUGUCCUAUUGUAUUGCUUUUUUUCUCACUUCAAUUUAUACAUUAUUUAAAGUUCAUACUUGUUUCGAAGUAAAUGCACCGUGUAAAAUUAUAUCAUAUACGUAGGAAGAUAGGUAUACAUGUGCAUCACACAACAAUGUAAUCACGUCUUCAUAAAGCUUGAUAAUUUGUGUUUUAUUAUAUUGUGCUCGUUUAAUUAACCUAAGGUCAUCGAAUCGGAGUCAAAACGUUUGAUAAACUAUUUAUGUGUAGUAAUGCAUUGAUACAGAUCAAGUAAACCAAUUUGAAAAUUGACUACACCAUGUUAAAAAGACAUUUAAUUUCAAAAGAAAUCAUCUUAUCAGUAAGCUUAGUAGGUAUUACGCUACGUAUUCUAUGCAAAUAAAUAAUAGAAUACAGUGAUUCGUUUUUCAUAUCUUGUCAUUCAUAUGUGUAGUAAUUUAAUGCUUUAAUGUUUAACUCUUUCGUUUAGUCCACCAAUGAAAUAUCUGACUUAAUUUCUUCUUUUCUGUCCAGGUAUUACCUGUUAGUAAGUCAAGUCAGUUGAUUACUUUUGAUUUCUCAAAUGGUGUGACACUAACUCUUCGUACAAGUGGAACGGAACCAAAAAUUAAAUAUUAUUCUGAAUUGAGGUCGAAACCUGGAAGCGAAGCAUCUGUGGAAUCUUUAACAAAUGAACUUCAAGAACUUGUGAAUAAAAUGAUUGAAGAAUUUUAUGAACCUGAAAAAAAUGGUUUCCUUCCUCGUGUGGAUUAAAUUGACAUUGUUAUUUACUUAUUUGUUUUAGUUGUUUAUUAAUUUAAAGGAAAGAAAAUCAAGCUUUGUUUUUUGUUGUUGUUCUAUGUACUUUUGUUUGUUCACUCUUUGUUAUUGACCUUUUUUCUAUUUUUUUUGUUCGUUUAUUUAUUAGUUCACUAAUUUAAUAAAUUUUGAAUGAUAUUUUGUGUUAAUUUGUAGCUUUGAUUUUCAAUUUCAUUUUGAUGAUGAACAGAAAAAUAAAGUGUUUUAAUUAUUUGUU